ACGACGGAGGAGGCGCGCGCGCACUCUCAGCGGGCUCUGUUACGCAUGGGCGCACGGUGCCCGUCGGUCCCCGGGUCGGUGAGGAGACGCUGCUGCUGAUGCUCCGGGAGACGCCAUGACCGCGGGGAACGGCAGCGUGUGCGCGAACGGCUCCGGGAGCGAGCUGGAGCUGGAGGACAUCGACGUGACGGCGGACGGGAGCGCGGCGCUGCGGCUGCUGGUGUGCCUGGUGUACUCCGCCGUGUGCGCCGCGGGGCUGGCGGGGAACCUGCUGGUGCUCUUCUUCAUCCGGGCGAAGGAGCAGCGCCGGAGGUCCCGGGUCGACUUCUUCGUGCUGAACCUGGCGGUGACGGACCUGCAGUUCGUGCUCACGCUGCCCUUCUGGGCCGCGGACACCGCGCUGGACUUCAGCUGGCCGUUCGGAGACGCCAUGUGCAAGAUCGUCCUGUCGGUCACCGUCAUGAACAUGUACGCCAGCGUCUUCUUCCUCACCGCCAUGAGCGUGAGCCGCUACUGCUCGGUGGCCUCCGCCGUGAGGGGCGGCGGCGGCGGCGGGGCGGCGCGCGGGUGCCGCUCCGACCGGUGCGUGUGCGCGCUGAUCUGGACCUUGGCCACCGUGGCCACCGCGCCCACCUCCGUCUUCUCCACCGUGGGCUCGGUGACCGGGGAGAAGCUGUGCCUGCUGCGCUUCCCGGGGGGGCAGCGCUGGCUGGCGCUCUACCACAUCCAGAAGAUCGCGGUGGGCUUCGUGCUGCCCAUGGCCAUCGUCUCCAUCAGCUACGUCAAGCUGCUGCGCCUCGUGCGCAGCCGGAGCAUGAAGACCGGCAACCCGGGGCGCAGGUCGCGCGUCACCCGCUCCGUCACCGCCGUGGUGCUCUGCUUCUUCCUGUGCUGGAUGCCGAACCACGCCGUCACGCUGUGGAGCGUGCUGGUCAAGCUCAACGCCGCGCGCUGGGACAGAGCCUACUACGUGGCGCACACGUACGUGUUCCCGCUGACCGUGUGCCUGGCGCACGCCAACAGUUGCCUGAACCCCGUCAUCUACUGCCUGAUGAGGCGGGAGUUCAGAGACAAGCUGCGGGGUCUGGUGCGCGGGGGGCCGCUGCGGACAGCCGCCGCCGUGCGUAAAGCGGCCCCGGAGGGCGCUCGAACUCUGUGCCGGCACGCGGCCACGCGCGGUCGCGACCCAGAGGGGCUCGAACUGUGAGCAGAAAGCUCUCCCGCGCGCAUUAGCUGUAAAUGUCGGAGGCGCAGCUUCA